AUGCAGAGUCAAGCCCUCCGAGUUCAGCACCGCAAUCAGUUGCGCAAGCAGAGCCCAAGCAUCCUGGUUGCUGCUGUAAAGGAGAGGAGAAUGCAGGGCGGUAACAGUAAGCCUACAUUGGUAAAGAUGGCUAAAAGGGUUGAAAGCCUGUUACGCGACGGUUUUGUCAGCCUGGAGACCCGUCAAAACGCCCUCUACCAGAAUUAUAUCCGCCACCGCAAAGAGUAUCAGCUCAUUACAACAGACGCUGUAAACAGUAAAGCAGCCUUUGAGAAGCUGUGCCGCCUGCACCCUGUCUGGCUGCAUCCCCAUCAGCGCGCAGUGGUUAAGGCCAUUGAAGAGGCUUGGACGCUCAACCAGUGUCUAGCUGUGCAGAUUCACUGCAAGGUCGGUCAUGGGGGGAAGUGGCAGGCCCUCAUUAACCUGCUCGGCAAAACCUACGAUCCGCGCCUCAAGGAGUGGAUCCCCCUGGAGAUCAUGGGGAAGGGGAGCAAGAUUUUCCUACCUCUCUUGAAGUCCAAAAACCGUGUCAACGACCACCGGGAAGCCCUCCACGCCAUCAUCCCCCUCCUCCAAAACAAGGAUGGCACGGCGUGCUGGGCAGAUCUCAAGCAGCUCAUCGAGGAAACCGUCAAGCAGGACCGGGAAAAGGGGUACCUGCAGAGCCGCGCGCAACUGGCUAAGGACAAGUUGUGGUUGCAUUGGGGGGGUGACGCUGCCGGAUGGAUAAGGGGCCAGUCGCAUAGCAUAUGGGGGUUUAAGCUCCUCGGAAACCAGAGGGUCGUAACCCAUUCCCCCAAAGACAUGCGGGUCGCCCUAAUCUUCGAGGGGAAAGACAAGUACUCGACCUACCAAGAGUACCUGCAACCCUUCCUAGAGCACAUGGAUGACCUGGCGUACGGGGGGAUGCAGAUUGACAACACAGCCUACGACGUGGACCAGACCCUGGGGGCAGAUUACGUCCUCAUGUGCGAGCUCCUCGGCCACUCUGGAGCCUCAGCACUCACGGGGUGCUGCUUCUGUGAGCAGCACAAAGACAACUACGGGAAGGCGUGCCUGAACGCCGAGGGCUGGAAAGUACCCCUACCUGCGAAACCCUGCACGACGGAAAGUAUGGCCGCGGCGACACACCGCCCAUGGACAACCGGACCAGACGUCGACUGCCCCUACUAUCACGAACCCUUCCCCGACCAAGACGCGGUCAAAAACUCCAAAGCCCCUGAAACCAAACAACAGGUCAAAAACUUCCAGCAAUCGCACGCUGGCAUGAGGUUUGGCACACCGCCACUCUUCAAGUUCCCCAUCACGGCCUACGUGAUUUGCAUCCUACACCUUCUACUACGACUGAUGGCCAUCACCUUUCUCCGGACCGUGGCUGAGAACCUCAACACCCCCGAAAAGACUGAGGCUGUCAACGCCUUGAUCAAAGCCCUCCACCUUGGGUGCAAAAAGCUGGAGCAGCGAAAGACCAGCGGCGACAAAAAGAAGGACACUCAAGACAUCAACUUCAUUGGCAGGGAAGCAAGGGUGCUGUUGCACCCAGACGCAUACAACACCUUCCUUGACAUCGCCAUCCUGGACGACGCCAAGCGCGCCGCUGCCAGGAAGAUUUGGGACAACCUGGCGAGCUUUUACACCGAGCUGCUGAAACCCCUCACCAACCCUGAGGAUGCGGAGGAGCGACUGGGCAAGAGCAUUGUUGUGCAAGACAAAGCAGUGGCGUACGUCGAGAGCUACACCGCGGAGCUUGGGACAGAUAGAGCAACGCUCUAUAUGCACCAGGCAAUGAGCCACGUACCUGAGAUGGUGCAGCGGUUCCCGGUCGACAUCUCCGACAUGUCACAGCAGUUUGUGGAGGCCAAGCUGAAGGAGGGGAAAACAGACAUGCUGUUAUUCACCAAUCGACGGUUGGUGGACGAGAAGCAACAAAAGGGUCGCAACCUGCAGGUGAUGGCAAAGGGGCGAGAGCGAAUUGCUCUUGCGCAGACGGUCACUGUGCCCGUCAGCAGAAACGAGAGGCGCUAUUUGGGGGACGGAAGCAAAGCGGCGGAGCAAACAAUCGAGCGGGCUCGGAGGCGGGGGCAGCUGGUGAGUAGGAGCCAGGCGCAGAUCAAUAACAAGCUGGCAAAGUUGGGACCAGAAAUCACUCGAGUUUUCCUGGGCUACAAGAACAUAGUUGGAAAGCUCACCGGCGAGGAAGAAGAGGGGGAGUCAGACAAUGACCCAAGUGGAGAGCGCGCCGCAGCCAGCGCCUCCAUCAUCAGGCCCUCAAACACGUCUGGCGUCCAACUCGGGCCUGCGACGGUGCCAGGCGCUGAAGGGGUCGUGCCUGGGGCGGGGGCUGCGACUGAGGGGGGGAGCGCAGCGCCAGCUAUAGCGGGAGGUGAACUCAUCAGAGGCUCCGGCGGAGGAGUCCGCCUGGCAGUUGGGGGCGAAGGGGGGGCACCAGCAGCGGCGGCAGGACGGGAGAGGGGGAGGGCCAGGGGUGGCAGGGGUGGCAGAGGUAGAGGAAGGACCACCGGGGGCCGCGUAAUUCCAGCAUCUGCGCGCCCCAUAUAA